UCGUCAUUGCUGUGAGGUGUUGCCGAGUUUCCAUAUUCGGAGAUUUUGUUGUGAAUCAGUGUGGUUUAGUGACGGGAGGGUUAUGUGUAGGUUGUGUGAAUUGUGAAUAAUUUCUCGUUUUAGUUUCAUGUGUGGAUUGUAAGGAGCUAAACAAUUAAAAAUGGAGGUGCGGCUGUGGUGGGUGCUGACGCUGAGUGUGGUGUGCGUGUCCGUACACUGCCAGCAGUCCGAGAAGUUGACACAGAACCCUUGCACAGUGAAGCAGACUUGUCACGAGUGCAUACAGACACCGACCUGUGCCUGGUGCGCACAACCCACGGGAUUUGAAGACCGUAAACGCUGCUAUCAACCGAGUGGUAACCCUCGGGUCCAGUGUGAGGAGUCGUACAUCGUGGACCCAGGCAACGAGUUCAGAGCCAUAGAGCAGAGGAAACUCAGCAAGGGCAAGUACUCCGGCAGCGGAUACUACGCCAACUCCACCUACACAGCCACAUCUUCAUCGUCUUCCUCCUCCUCGUCUUCUUCAUCAUCAUCCUCAUCGUCAUCAUCGUCUCACCACGAGGCUGUGCAGAUCUCACCUCAGCGGGUCUCCCUCAAGCUAAGAAUCAAUGAGGCUUUCAGGAUUACGGUAGAUUAUGCCCAGGCCGAGGAUUACCCUGUGGACCUCUAUUACCUCAUGGACCUCAGCAAGUCUAUGGAGGAUGACAAGGAGAAGUUGUCCAGUCUGGGCGACGUGCUGGCCAAAAGGAUGCAGAGCAUCACCAGGAACUUCCGCCUGGGGUUCGGCAGCUUUGUAGACAAGGUGGUCAUGCCCUAUGUCAGCACAGUGCCCAACAACCUGGUCGAGCCGUGCCCGCGUUGUGCGGCCCCUUACGGUUAUCAGAAUGUCAUGUCGCUAAGUACCAAUACGGGUAGAUUCUCUGGGGAGGUGCACAAGGCUGCAGUGUCGGGAAACCUGGACGCUCCUGAGGGAGGUUUUGAUGCCAUUAUGCAGGCCGUCGUCUGCCGGGACCAGAUCGGCUGGCGGGAGAAGGCUCGGAGGCUGCUGGUCUUCUCUACGGACGCCGGGUUCCACUACGCCGGGGACGGAAAGCUCGGAGGCAUCGUGAAGCCGAACGAUGGCCUGUGCCAUCUUGAUGGGGAAGGCACCUACACACAUUCCACGCUUCAAGACUACCCGUCCAUUUCACAGAUCAACCAAAAGGUGAAGCAGAAUGCAAUCAACGUGAUUUUUGCUGUGACCAAGGAACAGAUCGAUGUGUACAAGAGAUUAGGAGAGCACAUAGAGGGCAGCACCUCCGGCACACUCACUGGGGACUCGAGUAACGUCGUCGACCUGGUGCAGGAGCAGUACAAUAAAAUCAAGUCAUCUGUGGAGAUGAAGGACACGGCAACCAGUGCCGUAAAAGUGACGUACUACUCCAAGUGCUUGGACGAGAACGGCCCGCUUAAACAGACCAACAAGUGUGACGGGCUGCGGGUGGGAACGGUGGUUACUUUUCAGGCAGAGAUCGAGGUCAAGACCUGUCCCAAGGAUCCCAAGGAGUGGAACCACGUGUUCCAGAUUUAUCCUGUCGGCAUCAAUGAGUCCCUGACUGUUGACCUGGAGAUGCUGUGUUCCUGCCCCUGUGAGCGUCCAGGCAACCCUGGGUACAAGGAGUUUGCGCCCGAGUGUUCAGGUUUCGGCACAUAUAAAUGUGGCGUUUGCGAGUGUGACAGCAGUCACUUUGGGCGCAAGUGUGAGUGCGGAAGUGACAACACACGACAGCCCGACAAGGACAUUGACUUGACAGCCGGCUGCAGGCCUGACAACACGACUCUCAAUGACUGCUCAGGCCGGGGCACCUGUGUGUGUGGCCAGUGCGACUGCGACACCAGACCCAACCCUGAGGAGAAAAUAUCAGGACCAUUCUGUGAGUGCGACAACUUCUCGUGUGACCGCCACGAUGGGUUGCUGUGCUCCGGCCCGGACCACGGGGAAUGCGUGUGUGGCAAGUGCGUGUGUAACUCAGACUGGACAGGCAGUGCCUGCGACUGCCGUGCCAGCAACGACACGUGUAUCCCGCCCGAGGGUGGGGAGAUCUGCAGCGGUCGGGGAGACUGCGUGUGCGGAAUGUGCAAGUGUCACCAGGAUGACAAGGGUCACUACAGCGGCCGCUACUGCAACAAGUGCCCGACGUGCCCAGGCAGGUGUAAGGAGUUCAAGGAGUGUGUGCAGUGUCUGGUGUACAAGACAGGUUCUCUCACCCCUGAGGAAUGUGCCGCUAACUGUACAUUUGAGUUGACUGUUGUAGAUGUUGUAGAAGAUCGAGAAGACCUGGAUGAGAAUUUCUGUGCCUACUACGACGAGGACGACUGUCGGUUCGCUUAUGUCUACUCCUACGAUGAUAAGGGGAAAAUCGUCAUCAAGGCUCAGAAAGAGAGGGAAUGCCCCCCACAAGUUUAUGUGUUAGGUAUUGUGCUGGGUGUGAUCGGAGCGAUUGUGCUAAUCGGGUUAGCACUUCUCCUGCUGUGGAAGCUAGUCACCACGAUACAUGACCGCAGAGAGUUCGCCAAGUUCGAGAAGGAACGCUCAAUGGCUAAAUGGGACACGGGAGAAAACCCGAUUUAUAAACAGGCAACAUCGACUUUUAAGAAUCCUACGUACGCUGGAAAGUGAUCUCCGAUAGACUGACUCGAAGGCAUUACUCUAAAUUCGGUGCCUUACUUACUGCAUCGUGCCAUCAUUUCCUUCUAGGAAAACGUUUUCCUUUUAUCCUGUGUUCAUUUUCUAGUAGGGUGAUUUCAAAUUAUUCUUUUACUAGUUUUGUGACAAUACUGUUUAAUUUUAUGCUGUGCUAAAUAUUUUGAACUGGGUAUAUAUUUCUUAUAUACUAAGAGUAAACCGAUGUGAAUAAACAAACACUCCAAUACAUUAAAAAAAAAAACAGUGGAAGUGUCUUUUUAUACAUUUAAAUUCAGGCUUGCCUUGAGAUAUAUAAAAGUUUACCGUUAUUCAAAUGACCGUUUCUAAGUGUAACAUUACUUAAUUCUUGUUUUGAAUGAACGUGAAAAUAAUUAGACUAUCGUGCUAAAAGUCAUAAAACCAGUAUGUCGGUUUUAUUUUAUAGUCUUAAGUCAAUUAAUUGUUAGUUGUACAUAACACUGUAACAUACUUAUAAACCGUAAUCGUUCUAGUAAAUAUAGUGUUAGUGUAUUUAUUCAAGAAUUUAUUCAAAGACGAUAACAAACGGCUGGUGUUUUUUAAAAGCCGGCUCAGUCAUCCUAGCAUAGCGUGUAAAUAAUUCACCUCAUACUGCGUCAUUCUUGCUACUUCGUUUUAUUUUUGUAGAAACUAGCCGUAGACAGGCACUUUUUGCAGAGUUUGUUAUUUAUUAAUAGCUGUCUCCAGUAACGUACUUAUAAUUUUUUUACUUAAUCUAGUGAUAAUUCGUCUGUGUAGACUUAGAAACAUAAAGAGCAACUAGUGUACUGAUAGGAAGCAGCAUCUAACAGCCAGUAAUCAAGUUUCCGAUAAUGUUAACAUUGUUGCCUACGUAAACUUCCGUCUAAAUCCGUAACAGUCUUCCAAAUAGUACAAGUGAUUCCUUAUGUAUGCACUCGUGUAUAGUCAGAAUCUGUAGACGAGGGGAGGGGGAAGGUCUAACAUUAGCGUGAUGAUUAAAUUGAAAACCAUCAAGCAUCAUGUUUUCUGAAGUAAUAAUUCUCUUGGCUAACCACAGUAAGAAUACUAAAUAUCAACGAUAUAACCAAAAAAUAUUUUUGUAUGUGCGUAGUACGUAUAGUAAUGGAUGCUUGUUCUGAAAAAUGUAUUGCCGGAAGAGUUAGAAGCUCGGAUUCUGACUGUACACAAAACUGCGCAUCCUCUUAUAAACAACAUUAAAUGCCUUAAAAGAUGCCUUCAAUGUUUUACGUAUUUUUAGACGUGUAUUGACUAGAGUGGAUUAAAAUUUUAGAUAAGAGAUAUAAGUACUUACAAUUUGGUCUUGCCUGCACCUUUAAGUGUUUCUGUAACUUUCUUCUUUGUAAAUGCUUUAUUUUUGUACUGUUUUUGAUUGAAUAUUUUUGUUUGCGGAGAACUUUAAUGAUUGUUGUCACUGGUGGAAAUAUAUUUAUGUUAAAAGAUUUGGAAAUAUUUUUAUAGUUUAUAAUGAAAUAUGUUGGCUGCUCUAUUUUUACUUUUAUACAUUUAAGGAGUUGACAUUGCAUUAACAGGGAGAACUAAUUAAAAAAUAUAAAAACUUAUACUAACCCAAUUUAUAAAACAUACUCAUUAUAGUCUAUGAACGAUAAAAUACUUUUUAUUUUAUUUUCAUCAUUGUCAUAAAGUUUAAUUUUAAAUGGACAUUUUAAUUUUGCGCUGUUUUUGUUUGUUUAUAAUACUUUGUAAGGUUUUAAUUUUUAGUAAGUUAUCUAUUUUCUGUCUCCUUUUAAAUCAACUCCUAAUUGGUAGCUUUUGCAGUUGCAAGAUCAAUUGCCUAACAAAAGGCAGUUAAUGUUUAUGAUAAAUUGAAACCAAAUAUUUUUAAUGCGUGGUAUUAAAUUUUAUUAGUCUCAUUGUUCACUAAUAACUAUACAGCUUGUAUGAAAAUACUGUACCACCUUUCUUAUUUUAGUUACUAAGUUAAAAAACAAAUUGUUUUUGUUCUAUCGGAAUUCUUUGUAAAUAUUAUAUAUUUAUUUAACUCAUUUAAUUUGGUUGUAUUAACUUAUAAUAAAUUGAUAAGUGUUA